AGGCGUUGAGUGAUUCUGCCACAAAGAUGAGCGAAGCGGAGAAGGUGGUUUGUGUAACAGGAGCAUCUGGUUUCAUCGGCUCUUGGCUUGUCAGGUUCUUACUGGACCGUGGUUACAGUGUCAAUGCCACUGUUCGUGACCCAAAUGAUCCGGAGAAAACCCAGCACUUGCUUGCGCUUGUUGGAGCAAAUGAAAGGCUCCAUUUGUUCAAAGCAGAGCUACUGGAAGAGGGAUCUUUCGAUUCUCCGGUUGAAGGUUGCGUUGGUGUUUUCCAUACAGCUUCUCCUUGUUUUAUUCCUUCUACCGUGAAGGAUCCACAGGCUGAAAUGGUGGAACCUGCAGUGAAGGGAACACUUAAUGUUCUUCGAGCCUGUGCUAAAGUUCCAUCCAUUAAAAGAGUGAUUGUAACAUCCUCCCUUGCAGCAGUUGUGUUGACUGGGAAACCUCUGGCUGAUGAUGUGGUUGUCAAUGAGACAUGGUUCUCCGAUCCCAUUCUUUGUCAGAAAUCAAAGCAAUGGUAUAUGCUUUCUAAGACUGUAGCCGAGAAGGCUGCAUGGGAGUUUUCCAAAGAGAAUGGUAUUGACAUGGUCUCAAUAAACCCGGGGAUGGUGUCAGGACCUCCUUUACAGCCAACUGUUAAUGUUAGUUUGUUGCCGAUCGUGAAACUUAUAGGGGCUGAAACAUUUUCUGAUGCAACUUUUAGAUGGGUGGACGUAAGAGAUGUCGCAGAUGUGCAUAUACAUGCAUUCGAGAGUUCUUCAGCUCGUGGAAGGUACUUGGUAACCGGGAAACCUAUGCACUCUUCCGAAGUUUUGAAGAUUUUACGAGAGCUUUACCCUGAUCUUAGUUUUCCUGAAAGAAUGUCGGAUAAGAAGGGAUUCAUUUCGGCAUUUCCAGCAUUUCAGGUAUCCCUGGAGAAAGUGAAAAGCCUAGGCGUUGAAUUUACUCCAUUAGAGGUAAGCUUGAAGGAUACUAUUGACGGCUUGAGGGAGAAGAAGUUGUUGGCUGUGUGAUUCAUGGUAUGCUACUAGACAUUUAGAUUAUGUUUGAUUGUUUCGAAUUGCUGUUGAAUGCUUGUAAUAUUCAGUGAAAACUUGCCAUUUUGUCAGCAUCAUGACAAUUUAGCUGUUCUUAGUACC